GGCAAGGCUUUGAAAACGCAUUCGGUCAAUAUCUCUAAAAGAAACAAAACACAUGGCUAAAGUGCUGUCCGAUCGGAUUGCCCACGCGAUUCCUGUGUGGACAGUGGAAUCUUUGCUGUCAUGUAACUCUGCUCAGGACUGUGGGGUGGACAGUACUACAUUUUAUGACAGUGAGGCCGGAUUGAGCGCCAAAGUAGGUCCUUGUAGAAAAGUAGCCCCUUGCCCAAGAAAACAGAACAGUUGGUCAGAAAACUGCUCUUAUGCUAAAAAGCAGUGCGAUGGAAAACUACUUUUCUGGCUGGGAGCAAUUGCAGUUUUAUUUACUGUCCUCGUAACCGUCGUAACAACAGUCAUUUGUCUCGCAGCUGGCGAAAUUCGUAUGACAUGGCAAGAAGAUAAACAGCCUAUAAGAGACGAUGAAGGCAUUUAUCUAGUUGAAGGAGAGAUAGUAAUUACAAACAGAAUGUUUACGAAGGACCUCUUGAAUCCUUACAGCGAAGCCUACCGCAAACUAUCUUUUUAUGUCCAGCAGUCCAUGGAUGCAGUUUUUAUUCCCUCUUUGAAGAGCUACAAUAGAACAAAAGUUACAAGUUUCAGGAAAGGCAGCGUUAUAGCUCAGUUCAAUAUUUAUUUCUCCGAGCCGAGACUAGAUGUCACAAAUGAAGUUGGAAUGGCAGUCAUACAGGCGCUUGAAAAGCAUCAUGGAUACCUACCAGGAGGAAUUCUUCAAGUGGAUAUCCGAUCUCUACAAUUUACAGGACUUCCUGGCGUCAGCACACCAGACCCACCAGAAGUUCUAAGGUUUCCAGAAAUAAAUACAGUAAAGAGCGAGAUAAAAGAAUGUGCAGGGAACUGUCAAGACGGUCAGAUUUGCAUUUUCUUAUCCCAUUCGUCAUUUUCUCGCUGUGUGAUUCCAAAGGACCCGAAGGAUCCUACAGGCUGUGGCGGAUGGUGCUCAAGUAAGAACGAGCUAUGCAGAAGAUUAGGAAAUUCCACCUAUCAGUGUGCUGAAAAUGAAGCUGCCUGCAAAGAUGGGGAAUGGCAGUGUGAUAAUGGAUUAUGUGUUCACGAGGAAGCAUUUUGUAAUGGAAAAAUCGAGUGCUAUGACAUGUCUGAUGAGAUGCAUUGCGAAUGCGGCAAAGGGCAUUUCCGUUGCGGAAACACCACGCCAUGUUUACCAAGAAGUUUAAAAUGCGAUGGUAAGGUGGAUUGCUGGGAUGCUAGCGAUGAAGUGAACUGUUCAAAAUCCUGCCCAAAAGACAAGUUUACAUGUAAUAAUGGAAAAUGCAUCGAAGUUGCUCUCUUUUGCGAUCGAUAUCCAGACUGCCUCGAUGGUUCUGAUGAACCAGAAGGUUGCAACGAACCUUGCCUAUCUACUCAAAAGCAGUGCAACAAUGGAAGAUGUAUUAGUGCUAUGGCAUGGUGUAAUGGCGUAGAUAACUGUAAAGAUGGAUCCGAUGAAACUGGGUGUGAUGCAUACAGCUUCAUUUAAACAAAAAAUACAAACCAAUGAUGAGAUCUUCUUUACUCUGUCAUACGAUUUACAUUUGAUAUUUUGCAGCCGUAUAUCAUUUCUAAAUACGGGUUUAUCAUGCUUUUAUAUGUAAUAUCUGAAUUUACAUUAAUAUAUUAUUUAUAGUAAUUUAAAAAUUAUAAAUAUAUGAGCCUUCAGGUCCAAAUUUCAAAUAUUUUACUAUUCACUUUUAAGUUUUCAUAAUGAAACAAGUACCACGUUAAAAAAUGAUUUUGAUUGCUUUUAUAUGAAGAAUCUCACUUUUGGAGGAAACUUUCAAUACAUGAACAUUUCUCCGAUAUGGAAUACGGAAUAAUUUUAAUUUCAGAACGACUUUCUCUGCCGAUAUGGGGCAGUUCUUAAAAACAUAUUAGCUGUGAUAUUACCACUACUUGGCACAAUGGACAAGUAUUUAUUACUUGACACGACGGAACGUGCUGCCUUUUUGUGCGUUGUUUUCUAACUUUUGUAAACAAUGCAUUUUAUCAACAUUUGGUUUGAAAUACUUUGCCUAAAUAUUGUAUUUUCUAGUUAGAUAAAACGUGCAACCAUUACUUUUCUGACAAAUUACUAUAAAGCACUGUAAGAUCUGACGUCUCUAAGUGAGCAGAAUGUAAUAUGGAAAAUAAUUAUUAUAAGGUUUCAAGUGUUACUAGACAGAUAAAAUUUAUUUUCAUGCUUCUUAUAUUCGUGUUAACUACAAUUAAAUAUUGAUAUUCGAGAGCGUGAAAGUGGAAAUGAAGAUAUAUUUUUAUUAAGAAUUUAUAUAAAAUGGAUAAAAUUUUCAACAGAAAUUUUGCCUUAAAAUUGUUAAAAAGCUUAGUGGAAAAGCGCUACUGUUAACCGUAUUCUAAAUAUUCUAACUGUGGCUCAAUUUUAAACAUACAGAAAAUAUUAUUCAAAGAAAUGGUGUAUAAAAGUGUAGAAUCUGUAGAACGAUUUUACCCCAUUUUUAAUGCAUUUAAAUAUCAGACAUAAGUGGAGACAAACUGUAGAACUUCAUUAAGAAAUGGCACAAAAUUUAAUCUUUCCUUAAUAUUUCUAUGACUUGAUUAAAUUGUGGAUUUUAAUGCUGAAAUGGUUUUGCUGCUUCAUUUGUAAUACACAAGGUAACAGUUUUUUAAAAAAUCACAAAUUCAGGCCUUAAAUUCAUUUUCAUUUUUCGAUUUAAUGACAAGUAAUUAUGUGAUUCAUUAGCAAUGUUCUGCACACUUUCAAACGUCACCUACAGUUCAGAAGAGAAAAAGUGAAUUCUGCCAUAACGAGAAAUCUCGUCAUACAAAGAAUUUAGAUCUGUUAUUAAGCAAUAAAAAAUUUGAUAAAAAUCUAUAAAUAUGGAAAAGCAAGUUCGUCGUUAGAAAAGAACUAAUUUCAGAAAAUACUGAAAACAGAUGUCAAAGAUGAUAACGUCCCCAACAAAGCUCACACCAGUUCAGCUGUUGGUCAGGCUAUCAAGUAGUCUACUUUCCAAUGAGUCCACUGCAGCGAACUUUUACAACUAAAUUUAUCGUGCUUGGAAGCAGUAGUCUCCAUAAUACAGUCUGCAUUGGUCGUUUCAUGCGUUACGGUUUAUAUUAGAUGAUACUAGUAUCCAGACUCUAAAAAGUAGUCAAUGUUUUACAACUAUUUAACUGAGCUAGAAGCGUCUACUCUAUUCUGUUGUUACAAUGAAAACCUAAAUGCGUACCGACUACCACGCUUAUUGACUGAAUAAGCAGCCACACUAUAGGAUGGUCAGAAAGGUCUCUUUACGCAUACAAUUAUUUUAUUAUAAUUUUAAUAACACUUACAGUUAUUUGUCCAGUCAUCUGUGGGUGGACCACCAUUAUCCCUGCACAGUUUGAUUCGCCUUAAUGUCCUCCUACUCAUCUGCUUUAGCAGCUGCGGUGUCACAUGCUGGAAGGCUUCAAGCACACUUGUCCGCAAAGUAUCAUUGUCCAAAUAUAGCUUCUUCCUGACUUAUGAUUUCAUGAUCUCCCACAGGAUAUUGUCCGUCUUAAGUUCGAGGCGGUCAAGGAUAAGGGACUGGUGAAUUUGGGAAUCGAUAUCCUAUCCACGUCCAGGGAAUAGUUCACUCAGGCGUUUACGAACGGCAAAUGCGAAAUGAUAUGGAGCUACAAAAUUAAGGCAUCAUAAAGUCUACUUCCCGGGCAGUCACUUGGCAUUCCCGUUGAAAUUCACGUGAAGAGCACUGUUGCCGUAUGAAUGGUCAGAAUCGGAAGUUCAGGUCUUAAAUCCCUUACCUUUAUAUGCAUUUAGUAUUUCAGGUUUAAAAGGACUUUUUGGCUAACUGUAUAUUUCAGUAAUAUGCUGCAAUCAUCAAAGACAGCGGACAUUUUAAAUUAGGAGCUUUCUGAAAUCGUGCUAAACAAAGGAGGACCCACCUCUACUUACGCAGAACUUCUGAAAAAUACUUUUGAUUCUGAUAUCUUCUAAUCACUUUGUUUUUGUCAAUAACUGAGACACUGUAUCAUUUCGCAAAACCCUGUGCAAGAUGGCCAUGGUGUCAUUUUCAGAUGUUCCUUGGGCAUAUUUCCAACACUUUUAUUCGCCAUGUACUAAGUUUAAAAUUAUCAUCAUGGACUUCUUCAUAAUCUGGAGGGAUCUGAUAAUCCAAUGGCUGAUACAGAAGCUGAACACUGAUAUUGUGUGAACCCAGACGCACCAAAGCGUAGAUACUGAUCACGCCGAUAUAACUCUUUAUAAAUGAUGUGACUCUAUAUAUCUACAUCAUACUUUUACAUAUCAAUUAUGACAUUGCUAUAGCAGGACAAUUUUUAACACGCCAUACAAUUAAAAGCAGUUACUGAUCCUGCUAUUGUAAAUGUUAGAAUCCUGAUACAAUCAAGCUGAAAAAAUAUUAGCAUUUACGGUCUUAAAAGCGUCCCAUUCUUUUCACUGGCAAUAACUUCCAUGCUUAUGCUUCCCACCUGUUAAUGUUUGAGCAUUCAAUCAGAAGCUGCUUUGAGUAGUUAAAAGAAAUCAAUAAGACUAUUACCAGCUGCAUUUAUUGAUUCUUGCAAACGACCAUUUUCAUGCCAACGUUAGUGCUUGAACGCAAUCUUCUACAGUUAACGGAAUAUGAUGCAGGCAAGUAAUCACUACCUUCAAUUGUGCUGCAGGUACAAAGAAGAAGAAUGUUUUUGGAAACGUGAGCAUGAACCUGUGCAUUACCUGAUGCUUUAUGACUACUGGCAAUUAACUCGACAUAAUGGUUAACUAUAUGCCUAAGAAAUGUUUCGCUGAAACCUACCUUUGAUAAAGAAAUACCGCGAGAAGAAAAAAAGCGUGGACUACUAGACAGAAAUUGCAGUUUUCGAAGACCUUCGAAACAUUAUCAUGCGUUAAAAUGCCUUCUUGUACCAGACGUCUUUCUGCUUGAAAAUUUGAAAAUGUUUUUCAUCUAUACAAUGUUGCAAUUUUGAUAAAUUGUGAAAUCUUGAGAAAGUAUCACUUAGCAUUAUAAGUGUUCCAUUUUAUGCUUUCAGAUGUUAAGAAUCUGUUAUUGUAUAAGAAAAGUUGGCUUCAUUAACAAAUAAUCUCAUUGCUUUAGAAGUAUUGUGACUUGACUUGUAAUCUUUUUGAGUUUAGAAUCACAUCGUUUCACAGAAACUGAUGCAUAUUAAAAAAACCUGUGAUAAUUUCAUGAGCCAUCAUGCAUCUUUUUUUAUUCUAAAUACUAAAACUCUUCUUGCAUUCAAAUCUUGUAUAGUAAACUCAAAUUAUCUGAAAAUUCAAUUAUCCGGAUCUUAUGUCCGUUAUUAAUUUAUGUACGUGUUUUUAUUUUUCCUUCCCUUUAUUUAAAUUACGUAAAAAUAAUUCAGUACGGUACAUAUUUUUCAGAAUAUGAUAAAUUAAUUUAGAUGUAUGAGUACGACAUUAAAUUGACUUGAAAUACAGGGUGUUUAUAAAGUCCCGGAUCCAUUUUGAUGUUUAAUAACUCAUAAAAUAAUAAAGAUAGAUUAAAAUUAAUAACAUAAAUGGUCAGAUAGACUCAACAGUUUCAUGUUCCCUGUCAUGAAAUUCCACGGUGCCUUCUUCGUCGCACGGAGAUAUCAAGUC